AUGAGCUCCAUUGAGCGCAUGUCCCCUCUGGACCUGUUAAACCUGAACCAGACAAAUCUCGACCCCCUGACAGAGAACUAUGACCUUGGCUUCUAUCUCAAUUAUCUGAACAAAUGGCCGUCACUUUUCAGCACUGUGACAGACCGUGAUGCGGGCAUCGUGGGCUAUAUCAUGGGAAAGCUAGAAGAGCAACACCCCUCAAUGCGACACUCAGAGCACUACACACCAUGGCACGGACACAUCACAGUGCUAACCGUGGCACCAGCCUGGCGUCGGCUUGGAUUUGCACGCAGGCUGACCGAGCAGCUGGAGCGCGGAUCCGAUAGCAAAGAUGCCUGGUUUGUGGAUCUAUACGUUCGGGCCGGGAAUAAGGUUGCAUACGACAUGUACAAGGGCAUGGGGUACUCUGUAUUCAGGCGAGUGGUCAAUUAUUAUAGUGAUGAUCCAUCGGGGAUGUCGGAAACUGGAGAAGAUGCGUUCGAUAUGCGCAAGCCGUGCAGUCGGGAUAAGAAGCUUGAGCACGUGCGAGAAGAUGGCGAGAACUUCCCUGUUGGCCCAGAGGAUGUUAUGUAA